CAAACCUGGAACAGGGAGAGAUGGAUGGAUGCAAGGAGAGAGAGGGCAUUCCUGCCAAAAAAGUAAAGACUGCAUGUAAAUAUCUAGAGAAAUGGGACAUCGAAUUUACCUUUCUAAAGAGGAGCAGGAUGGGGCAGAGUUAUGCAUUCUGUAAGGUUAGCACCUAUGCGGCUUUACACCCUCACCAGAAGGCAUUUCGUUUUGAUGUUUGUGGUGUUUUUGAUGUGUUUUGGACUCACUUUGUUAAUUGGUGUUGCAGGACCUAAAAUUAUAAUUGAAAAUUCCUACAGUGUUUUAAACAGUGGUGCCAAUGCAUCUAAGACUGGACCCUUUCAACUGAAAUCCCCACCACUGUCAAAUUAUAACCAGCAACUAUGGCUCAUAUGUGUCAUAGAGAUGGCACAUCAGAAGGACGAACUCAAAAGAAAGUUUGAGAUGAAUGUGGAAUUAAAAGGUGUGAUGCAGGAUGGCAGCAUAAUGCACAUUAGUGAUAAUGUGCACCGUAAAUCCCGUACCCUGCGCUGUGCCCCACCUGAACAGAAGUGUGAUGAGAUCAUUGUUGUGCAUCUGGGUUAUCUGACAUACACUCAGUAUCAAAUCAAUGUCAGUCUAAAAGACCUGGAAGAUCUGGUGCAGAACAUCCAAAAUGUUACAUUUAUGAUCAAAACAUACAACCCUACAUUCUCCCAGACUGAGAUCUGGUUCCGGUUUGUGUUUGUCGUCAUGACUUUUGCAGUGACGUGUAUAUUUGCUCACUCUUUAAGAAAAUUCUCAAUGAGAGAUUGGGGAAUGGAGCAGAAGUGGAUGUCCAUUUUGUUGCCUUUACUUUUGCUGUACAAUGAUCCAUUUUUCCCGUUGUCCUUCCUGACAAACAGCUGGUUUCCUGGAACACUGGACACGUUUUUUCAGGCUCUGUUCCUGUGCAUGCUGCUGCUCUUCUGGCUCUGUGUAUAUGAUGGUAUCAGAGUACAGGGGGAGAGGAAGUGCUUUACAUUCUACUUGCCCAAGCUGGCAAUUGUGGGCCUGCUGUGGAUUUCUGCCGUGACCCUAGGAAUAUGGCAACUGGUAAAUGAACUGCAGGAUCCUACUUAUCGAUAUAACAUCGAUAUCAAACACUUUCAGGGCAUGAAAAUGUUGUUUGUGUGCUUGGUGGCUCUGUAUGUUCUGUAUCUGGGGUUUCUUCUUAUUCGAGCGUGGUCAGAGCUGAAGAAUAUGCCGUACUCAGAUUUGCGAGUGAAGUUUCUAACAGGUCUCACUCUGCUGGUUUUGCUAAUAAGCAUGGUAAUACUCUACCUGCGGUUUGGCUCAAAAGCUCUACAGGACAACUUUGUUGCAGAACUGUCUACCAACUAUCAGAAUUCAGCUGAAUUUUUAUCCUUCUAUGGUCUUUUGAACUUUUACCUGUACACACUAGCUUUUAUCUACUCGCCCUCCAAAAAUGCAGUGUAUGAUUCCCAGAUGAAGGACAAUCCUGCCUUUUCCAUGCUGAAUGAUUCAGAUGAUGAAGUUAUUUAUGGCAGUGACUAUGAAGACAUGCCUCUUCAAAAUGGCCGUGCCAUCAAAUCCACCUCCAAGUACCAGGAUGAGACAGACAGUGACUAACAUGAUUCCUGAUUUGUUCAGUUGCAAUAUUUUGGGACAUGAGAUAUGAAGAUUGUGAGAGGCUUUAGUGGCCUUUGUUAAAAAAUGCCAAUAUCAUAUGCAUACGUAUGCUUAAGUGACAGUUUACUAUGUCAAAUCUACUUUGUACCUAUACUAAUUGGUCAGAUGCAAGAAUGUCUGCAAUAUACUGUAAGUGUACUUUAUAGGUUUACGAUUGUUUAUGAGUGGGACAGCUGGUACAGUGGGUGCUGCAUUGGUUGUAGGUGUGUGCUGCCCCACAUGUCCAUGGCAACCAUGACGUGGACGGUGCAUAGCAUACCUAGAUUGUUUUUUUUGUUUGAAGUACCCCAUCCUUUAAUGAAAAGGGACAAUGGUUGAACGUUAUUUGGGAGGGAAAAAUCAAAAACCUGCAGAGUACACAUACACGAUGGGUGUACCAAAUAAAAUGGUUAUUAAGUGUAAGUACAAGGUAGCUGUAUCUAAAGAACAGGUGCAUACAAUAAGACAAAGUGCCAAAAAGUGCCUGUUGCCUAGGUCCUUUUGGAUAUGCAUGCUAAAUUGUAUAUACAAAUUGGAUAUUUUUAGAUGAAUGUAAUAAUGAAAUUCUACCUGUACUUUGCAAUGGAUUACAACUUGUUUUGUGGCAAAUUUGUAAAGCUUAGUUUAAACAUUUUAAUCUGCGUUAACAUGACUGCAGUCGAAUAUGUAUUGAAGUGUAAUUCAACACUUUGUAAAUGUCAUUUUUUUUAUUCACCAGAUAUGGUUAACUUGACAAGAGGUGGUAAUCUCUUGAGUUAAACAGUGGUGAUGUGAACUUUGCCACACGAUUCUGUUAAACAGCUUUAUAUAUUUAUUUAUUGGGAUUUUCUUUUUGCUGGACUGUUCAGUUUAAGACAUCUUGUACACUACAGUGGCUUGAAAAGUAGACUUGACGGGUACUAUUUUGCAUUCUGCAUGUGUAGCUAAUUUAGAAAGCUAUUUUGCCUAAGAGAUUGUAUUACAGAUUAAGAGUAGUUAAAUUAGCUUUUAAGAUAUUUCUUAAAAUUGUAUUGUAGCUAGCUCCUUCCUUGUGUGCUAGGGCUGGCUAGUAGCCCUACCAGUUGUACCAGGAUCUUGUGGCACUUUAAGUUUUAAGAUAAGACCACUACUCCAGACCUCAGUUCCAGUCACUGUUGGUGAGGAUAUUGUUCAUGUUUUCUUUAUGUUCACAAGCCACCCCCCCACCCCCAAAACCAUGCAGUGUUCAGAACAGGCCUCUUAAGUGUCUCAAUGGCUUGGGACAAUGAAUACUGACCAAAUGUACCACACAGAAAAAGGCCUGCUAAAAUAUGGGACCAGAACUAAAUUACUCAUACUGUUUUUGUUUGUUGCAGUCACUGUCUGUGAGUUUAUCACAUUGUGUCCAUAUGAAUUCGCUCCCACAUCCCAAAAACAUGCAGAAGGGGGAUUUACAAUUCUUAAUUGCUUUCAGGUGUAAGUAACUAAAAGAGUGUAUGAUGUCCUGUGUUGGAUUCUUGCCCUGCUCAGGGUGUGUUCCUGUGUAUUUCACUUUUAACCAGUUUUACAUUGAGCAAGCUAGCAUGAUUGUUUUCGUUAAUACCGUACAGACCAAUAUCAAUUUUACCUUCCUGUCAGAGAUUUAAAUUGAUGGCUAAAUUCAGUCCAAUCAAUGAUUGUGACAUUGUGUGGUAAACUGUUGUUUGAUAAACUGGUCUUAAUUUUUUUCUGAAGAGAACUGUCUUUACUGUGUUACACAAUUUAUUUUGCACACGUUCUGUCAUUGCCAUUCCAAUUUUUGUGAUAUGAAAGCAAAAAAGUGCAUUUUUACAUUCUGAUUUAAUUUAAUUGGGCUUUCAUCAUAAUGUUUUGUAUACUGUAAAUAGCCAAAAUGUAUGUGAAAGAGAGGUGAAGUAAAAGCAUAUUUAAAGGUGUGGAUAUAUUUUGAUGUUUGUCGAUUUAUUCUACAAGCAUAUUUCCCAAUACAGUGUUUAAUCUGUGAAACUGUAUUAUUUAAACCACCUAAAACCUUAAUUCCUUACCUAUUAAAUUGUUUUAAUAUUAAAACUGUCAUCUUACCAAUAAACUUGGCUCAAAGUAAAAACAGUUGUUCAGUGUUUGUUUUUUACUAAAAAGAAAAGCCUGAACCACUGAUGUGAGUUAUGCGAUUAUGUUGGACAGGUUAAUGCAAUUUGGAAUCUGAAGUCUUUUAAUAUUUUCUGUA